AUGCAGUUCAGGCCUUGCGUGCAGGCGUGCGGCAAGGAGCUGGACGCACCGUCGUACUUCAAUCCCUUGGAGGCUUCCACUGUCGCUGAUCUAGUGGACUCACUCAUCAAGGCGUCAUGGGCGGCGGCAACGAGGAGACUGGAGGCGCAGCGGCAGGGCCGUACGGGCAGCGGGGCCGCCGCCGCCGCCGCUUCCGCCACUACUGCCGUACAGUCAAACAACGCUGCAGGGGAGCUCCUUUCCGGUGUCGUACAUCAGCAACACAUUGGUAUCAUUUGUACCUACAGGAAGCAGGUGUUCAAGAUGCGUCAGUUGAUCCGCGAAUGAGGCCUUGGCGGUGUUCGUGUUGGCACUGUUGACGAUUACCAGGGUCAGGAGGAGCGGAUCAUCUUCAUCUCCACCGUCUUGUCGAAGGUGGAGUCCCUACCCGGUGCGGUGAUCAACAAAAACACCGUCGGCCGCGGCGGCGGCGCCGCCACUGCUGAUGGAACGGUCGCGGCGCCGCCACCUCCCUGCCACCAACCGCUAAGUCUCUGGUCGCAUCCACGGCGCUUUAACGUAGCUGUGACUCGCAGCCGGGCGUUACUGGUGGUUGUGGGACAUCCUGCCGUACUGCUGGCGGACAGGUACUGGCGGGAGCUUGUACGACAGUGCGUGGCAAGCCAAGCGGCUUUGGGCUGUAGUAUUCGUGGUAUUGCUUCAGGACCUCCUCGAGAUGUGGGGGCUGUAACAUGUUUGCCUCACGCGAGAAUUAAGACCUAA